AUGGCUUCAGGCAAUUUCUUCAAGGCGGCGCUUGACAAAGGCGCAGGGCCGAGCCUUGGGUAUUGGCAGAUGAUGCCCAGCACCAACAUCUCACGCAUGCUCGCGCAGACGCCCGGCUGCGACUGGGUACUGAUUGAUUGUGAACACGGUGAUCUUGAUGAUCGAGAUAUGCGCCAGUGCGUCCCAGCCGUUGCAGCAGCUGGCGCAUCGCCGAUUGUGCGGAUCCCGAGCACAGAGCCAUGGCUCAUUAAGCGGGCACUGGAUGCUGGUGCGCAUGGAAUUCUCGUUCCUCUCCUACAAACGGCCCAAGAGGCUCGCAAUAUCGUAAAGGCGGCGAAAUUUCCUCCCAUGGGAAACCGUGGCUUCGGAAGCCCGUUCUCCAUGGAUCGCUUCAAGCCCAUCCCUACAUCGGAUGAGUAUCUCCAACAGGCCAACGACAGUCUCCUUACCCUCGUUCAAAUCGAGACAAAGUCUGCUUUGGAAAACCUCGAAGACAUUGCGGCCGUUGAAGGCAUCGACGUUUUAUUCAUUGGUCCUUUCGAUCUUGGUAAUAGCAUUGGAUAUCCGAUCCUCAACGGAGUUGUGAAACCAGAGCUCAAGGCUGCCAUCCACCGCAUUCUGGAAGUUUGCCGUAAGGCUGGGAAGAAAUGCGGUAUCUAUUCGCCAUCUGGAGAGCAGGCGAGGGGAUAUAUCGAGGCUGGGUUUGAUAUGGUUCAUGUUGGGACGGACUACGCGAUGCUCCAACAGGCUACGAGAACUGAGAUGGGUACAGCUCAAGGGAAGGACUUGGGAAAGCGCGUGGGUUAUUAG